AUGCCCACCUUCAGUUGGGCGGGAAGGUGGGAGGUUGAAGAUGAGAGAGGGACAGGCUCUAAUGGGCCACCAGUUGGGCCGACCCAAGAAGAACAAGGGUUGUCUAUUACUGAUCUAUUCUCUCACUCGUACACACUGCCGUCGCCCCCAAACUCCUCCAGAUGGCUCUGGGUCAGGCCACUGCUCUGGGUUCCGAAGGAUAGGGUGUUGUCAGCGCCGACGGCUGGCUACCCGGCGACCAAGGAAGAGUACCCAAGACGCUAUGAUGACAGAGAUGGUGGAUACAGAGGUUUUGAUAGAGGUGAGGGUUACUAUGAGGAUGACAGAAAUGGAGGGAGAGGUUUCAAGCGCAAGAAUGAUGGUGUUGAAGAUCAUCGUCUCAACGAAGAGGAUCUGCGCCACAGGCUCAUGAGGGAUCAGGAAGAGAGAGGUGGGGGCUGGGACAGCAGGCCAUCAAAAGAGAGGUGUUUUCGCCGUGGGGAGAAAGGACAUCAUAGAUCCCGCUGUACUAAUCCUCCUCUCUACUACCACUGUAAGGAUUGUGGUCAUAUGGCGCCGAAUUGUCCAUACAAGGAAAGCAAAGGCUUGAAGCUUUGUUCAUACAGGUUCCCAAGACAGACGUUUUACAGUCUUCACAUCCCAAUUGAGGAGGAAUAUGCAGCUAAGAGUCCAAUUAGUGCAACCAUGAAGAUCAUUGAUGGGAAAGCAUUUGUGUCCAAGGUCACCACUGAGCUUAAAUAUGUCAUCAACUCAGCCUGGGAAUGGCAGGUGAAGAAAAUUGCUUCUGAUGAGUAUAUGUUCGUGGUUCCAUCUGCAAAAGACCUUGAUUUCCUUACCAGGCUCCAAGAAUUGAAAUGCAAGAUCAAUGAUAUAACAGCAUCAGUUCAUAAAUCUGAUUUUAUGGCUGGCUGCUGUGACCUACUAUCUCAAGUUUUGGUUCAAGUGUGUGGUAUUCCUUUCUGGGCUAGAAAGGAGAAGGCAGUGGAAGAGGUGGCUUAUCUAGUUGGAGAUUUUAUAGAGGUGGACAAGAAAUCUUUACCUGGUCUGGGGCCUAUUAGAUUUAAAGUGGCAAGUAAAGACCCAUCAGCCAUCAGAGGGACUUCUAAAACAGAGAUGCCUACAGAUGGACCUAGGAAGAAGAAGGAAGAUGAUGAUACCUGGGAAGAUGAUGAGGAGGAGGAAUCUGACAACUAUGACAUUUUUGCUGAUAAUAGCAAAUCUCAGCAAGCUCACUCCAAGGAAGUCCCUGAAUCAAGCAAGCAAGGAGAACAGAGAGGAGGCAAGAAACAAUGUGGAGAAGCAAAUGAAGAUAUUGUGGUUGUCAUGGAUACUGAUGAGAUAGUUCCUCAGAGUGCUAAGGAUCACUCCCCUGAUCUGGCUAUCGAUGGCUCUGGCUCUUGUAUGGAGGUUAGCACUCAAGAGGUGGAAGAAAAUGGAAUUGUUAUCUAUAAGGAUGAGGAAGUUGUGGUGCUGGAGACUCAAGAGCAACCUGCUGAUAGAGGUCGUCAGAAGAUUGCUGAAACCAUUGUGGUGGAAACUCAUGACAGGUUGGAAGAAUCUCAGCGCAAGAAUCAAGAGCAACCUGCUGAAAGAGGUGGUCAGAAGAUUGCUGAAGUCACAGAGGUGGAAACUCAAGACAAGAUGGAAGAAUUCCAGCACAAGAAACAGAAGACAAAACUCAAAGCUCAAGUGGCUGAAAGAGCGUGCACAAGAGUGGCUGGGACAGGGACUCCUAUUCCAGUCAAGGCUGAAAGGAGGGUUGCAUGGGCUGAUAACCAAGGUACUAAUCAUAACUCUUUUGCUAUUCUUCAAAAUAUUGAUAAUGAUGUACUAGCUUCGGUUGCCAAAGAAGGCUUUGGUAGUAAAGGGAGGAAGGCUCAAUUGAAGAAGAUACUUUUUGAGCACAAGGUUAACUGUGUGUGUAUAAGUGAGAGCAUUAAGCAAAAUUUCACAGCCAGAGAGGUGACUGCUCUUGGACGUGGUAACAGUUUUACUUGGAAUUGUGUACCUUCUCAAGGACAUUCUGGAGGUUUACUUUUGGGUAUUGAUGAUGAGAUAUUCGAGGUUUCUGACUAUCAAGAUUGCAAUCAUUUUCGGAGCAUUAUGCUUGCAUAG